AUGUUUGACACCGUUAACGCUACGGCCGAUGGCGGCGCCAUUGCCUACGCCUUCAAAAUGGUAUCAAAUGAGGUCCAGCAGAACAUGCUGGGCUUCAACAUCCCUCCAGAACACCAGGACCUGGUGCACGAACACUGGCGUAACUUCGCGGCGGUCGACAAAUUCUGGCACUAUAUGUUAGCUCUUAUCUACACUAUGCUGAUGGUGUCAUCCCUAUGCGGCAACGGUAUCGUCGUAUGGAUCUUCAGCACGUCCAAAUCCCUCCGGUCGGCGAGUAACAUGUUCAUCGUGAACCUGGCGCUAUUCGACCUGGUGAUGAUGAUAGAGAUGCCUCACCUCAUCAUGAACUCAUUCUACCAGAAGAUGCUUGGCUAUCAGCUCGGCUGCGAUAUAUAUGCCACUCUUGGUUCUGUUUCAGGAAUCGGUGCGGCUAUUACCAACGCCGUUAUUGCAUUUGACAGAUACAAGACCAUUUCGUGCCCGAUCGACGGUAGAAUUAACAAAGUGCAAGCAAUCAUCCUGAUUGUAUUCACCUGGUUCUGGACCCUGCCAUUCACCAUUCUGCCACUGACCAGGGUCUGGGGCAAGUUUGUACCAGAGGGUUUCCUGACAACUUGCUCUUUCGACUCUUUCACUGACGACUCCGACACUCGGGUAUUCGUGGCCUGCAUUUUCGUUUGGAGCUACGUAAUUCCAAUGGUCCUCAUCUGCUUCUUCUACUCGAAGCUGUUCAGCGCUGUCCGCCUCCACGAAAAAAUGCUUCGUGAACAAGCCAAGAAGAUGAACGUCAAAUCUCUAGCCUCCAACAAGGAAGAUGCCGGCAAGAGUGUAGAAAUCAGAAUCGCCAAGGUUGCGUUCACAAUCUUCUUCUUGUUCGUCUGCGCCUGGACACCUUACGCUGUUGUGACCAUGAUUGGUACCUUUGGAGACAGGAAUCUGUUGACUCCCCAUGUAACCAUGAUCCCAGCAGUCUUUGCCAAGAGUGUGUCCUGUAUUGACCCAUGGGUAUACGCUAUCAACCACCCAAGAUACAGGGCUGAGCUUGAGAAGAGGCUGCCAUGGAUGGGCAUCCGAGAACCCAGCGCAGAGACCCAGUCCACCAACGCCAGCACUGCGACGCAAUCCGCUUCAGCCGACGCUUAG